CGAAAUCCCGUAUUUAGAACGUUAACCCGUCCACAUGCACUAAUUUAAUACGUUUCUUGUUGUUUUAAUAUUAAUUUAUUUACAGAAAUUUUUCUAUACGCUGAGUUGUCACUGUAUAGAUUCCAGCGGUGAUUCCGAAUAUUGAUAACGCAAUCGUCAAUCCAAUUUCAAUUCUCUGCUCCAAGUGAUUCGCCAUGGCCGUUACCAUGAAACAGAUGGCUCUUUUUGUUUCGUUUUUUGGUGUUGUAUCUUUCAUACUUGGAGUUAUAGCUGAACACAAGAAGCCUGCUUCUGGUAUACCAGUUGCUGUGAAGGAUGGUGUGAGUUGCAAGUUUCCGUCGGAUCCAACUAUUCCGCUGGGUUAUCUUUCCAUUGUGUUUCUCAUUGCGUCAACUGUGGUUGGAUAUCUUUCUCUGUUUUACCCUUACAAAGGAAAAUCUGUUCCACAAGGGGUUCUCUUUAAACACACUACUUUCUUGGUUUUCUUCAAUGUUGCUUUGUUUACAUCUGGACUGGCUGCAACUAUGCUGUUAUGGCCUGUAAUACAGGAGCAGAUUCACCGAUCAGGCAAAGUGCAUCCUGAUGCCGACUAUGCUUGCCCUACAGCUAAAACUGGUAUCAUUGGAGGUGGUGCCUUUUUAUCUCUUGAUUCAUGCCUCUUUUGGUUGGUUGCCCUCAUGUUAGCCGACAAUGUUCGGGAGGAUCAUUUUGAUGAUGGAAAGGGCGAGCGUAAUGCUGAUUAUGAAGAUGCUUAUGAUCCAAGUAUAAAUGCUUAUGAUGCAAGUAUGGUCAUGUAGGAGCAUAAAUGAAUUGGAUUCUUAAGAUUGUUAAUAAAGCCAAAGUGAAAACAUCAGACAUCACUGUUUCAAUUAUUAUAUGAUGGAGUUUAUUGUGGAUUUAAAUGCUUUA